GAAAACAUGCAGGUAAACACUACAAGGCGCACACUAGUGCAGCAGCGUUUAAAAUGGUCACCGUUGGGAAAGUUUACUUAUUUAUUACUUAUUUUAAAGAGAGAGAACGAGAGAGCGAGAGAGAGAGAGAGAGAGAGAGAGAGAGAGAGAGAGAGAGAGAGAGAGAGAGAGAGAGAGAGUCAUAAGAGCAAGGGGGAAGAGGGGUGACUGGAUAACGUUUGUUGUUUACAAAGGAGGUGUGGUGGUUAAGUUCCCAAGUAAAGUAGAGCCCUCUUUCUGUAUUGGAAUCUGACAUUGGAUACAAGGUUCACCCAACACACAGGUAAGUAAGAAAUACUGCAUAUGGAUGGUCAUAAUGCGGAGUCUCCUCUGGUAUUGCUGGCUCUUCUUGGCAUUUCUGUUGAUCAACACAGCCCAGGCCAGGGGUGACGUUUCCCAUCAAGCAACACAUUUUGGAACAGACUGCACGCAGAUUAAGACUCUCUCACCUCAGGCACCCAGUGGCGUUUAUGUAAUCCAACCUGACAGAGGCAAGGCACCAUUUAAGGUGUACUGUGAGAUGCGGCCUGAUGGAGGCUGGACUGUGUUUCAGAGGCGCAGUGAAGGAAAACCUUCCUUCUACAAGAAAUGGGCGGCAUAUAGUAAGGGUUUUGGAAACCUGAGAAAUGACCACUGGCUCGGCCUGAAGAAGGUUUCCCACCUGACCAAGAAGAAAAACAAGAAGUGGACCCUGAGAGUCGACCUGUGGGACCACAAGAACGGAACUGCUUAUGCUGAGUACCAAAACUUCCACUUAGGCAACGAGAGUGAACAUUUCAAACUGCAUGUGGGGAGAUACAGUGGAACUGCAGGUGAUGCACUCCGUGACCAGAACAACUACGGCUUUAGCACCAUCGACCGUGACAACGAUGGUUGUUCUCCAUGCAUCUUUGGUGACAUUGCUCAGAGGGAGUGUACAUUCAGUGCUGGUGGUGGUGGUUGGUGGUACGGUCGCUGUGGCUCUGCCAGUCUGAAUGGUAACUGGCAUCGUGCUGGUGACAACAUCGGUUGGGCUUCAGGCCUCCACUGGAAAACCUGGAAAACCCCUGUUCCUUAUUCCAUGAGGGCCACCAGAAUGAUGAUGAAGUCUGUGAGAGGGCCAACAUCUUUUGUUUUUUAUGCUGGUGGUAGAUUCUAGUACAAAUCCUAUAAAUGCAUUUGGAGAUUUGAUAUUCUUCACAAUUUUUGUCUAAAAAUGUCUUUUUUGUCAAGGUCAUUACUGAGGUACCCCUUUCACAAAUAAUUAACAAUGAUGGAUUUAAUUAAAAUAAAUCUGUAAAGCCAUUGCAUUACCAAAAAUGUGGUUGCUUAAUUUAAAGUUUCAUCAAACAUAUAGAAAUCUAGAUAAUGUUGAUACAUAUUCCCUGAAUGACAAUAUUUCCCCAACUUGAGCUGUCAACUGCUUCAAUUUCCUUUUAAAGAAAUACACUGUGAUAAGCAGUUUAUUCUUUUUAUUAACGAUUAUUAAACUAUUCAUAUAUAAUUAAAAUAUUUCAUAUAAAAAUGUUUUUAGAAAGUACAACUAUUAAAGAGAUUACAUUUCCUAACUUUCCACGACUUAUCAUCCAAACACUGUAACCAACAACAGUGAUAAUCUUUAUGGGAAGUUAAUUUUGUAUUUAUUUAUUUUAAUGAUAUCAAAGGGGGAGUAACAUAAUGAUUGAUAGAUCUGUUGACAAAUGGUAAUGAUCUGUACCAGAUACUGGAGCUGCAGAGAAACAAUGAGAAGACACGCAGCUAACAUUUGUUACAGAUCUAACCAUGAAUGUCUGCUUCAGACAAUAACAACAAAAUGUUAGGUUUCUCCCACAUGCAUGUUCUGUUGCAUUGCUCAAAUGAAUGAACAUUUACAGGAUGUGGUCGUCGUGUAUUACACCGUUGAUUAUAUUGUUUGGGAUUUAGACCUCCACUGGAAAACCUGUUAACACCCUUGGUCCAGUGACGAUUCUACUGUAGAGUCUCUUGGGUCCCUGAGCAAGAAUUAAUUGGGGGGGCCCUCCAACCAGCAUUCAUCUCCUUCAUGUCUGCCAGUGUCCCGACACUUACUCCUCUAACUCUUUUCUGUGUUUCCCUUUUCUCUCCUAUAGACAGAUCAUAUCUAUUAAUUUUUCAAACUUUGGUUUUCACAGUUAUAAUGCAUGCAACCCUUAGCAGGGCAACAAGAGUAAGUGCAAUUGGAUGGGCCUCUUUAGGGAAGUUACUUAGAGUCAUUGCAAAAUUUAAUUGUGGAAAAUAAAUUAUCCGAAAUAUCCAAA